CUUUAUUCAUUUUCUUAAGAAUUUUUCCAUUUCCCAACAGAAAUGUAUUCGUUUGUACUCCUCCGUCUCCUUUAGCUUUCUCCUGUCAAUUCAGUCCAACAAAACCACAAAACACUUCUCUUUCUCUCUCAAGAAGACCAACCUUCCAUUCCAUUCGUCUGGCGUGCAUUUAUUCAAGAAACAGAGCAUCAACAAUGGCGGCCAGUAAGUUCGCGACCAUGUUACAGAGGAACACGAACAAGAUCACAGUUGCUCUCACCUUCGCAGUCUUGGAGUGGACUCUAAUAUCCCUUCUCCUCCUCAACUCCUUGCUUUCUUUCAUGAUCGUCAAGUUCGCAGACCACUUUCGCCUGAAACCCCCCUGUUUCUGGUGUUCUAACCUUGAUCCCCUGUUCAGAACAUGGUGGAAGAAUCUCAAGAGCAUCGAAAACACAGAUCUUUUGUGCGAAACCCAUUCCAGGGAAGUCUCCAAAUUGGGAUUCUGCGAGACCCAUCACAGGUUAGCUGAAUCUAAGGGCAUGUGUGGGGAGUGUUUGGAUUUCGGGAUGUUUCCAUGGAUAAAGGAUUUGAAGGUGAUCCAUAGCGGGGAUGAUGCCUGUUCUUGCUGCGGUCUGAGCUUGGCUGGGGAUUCUGGGGAGGGUAAAGAUUAUAUUGUGAUCAAAUCUUCUUCUUGGAAUCAGCUGAUCAAAGAGGUGGAUCAUGUAGAAAUCUGUGAAAAAUCGAGUCUUGAAGGUUUUAGGGUUGAGGGUGAAGAAAUUUGUGGGGUAAAAGGAGGGCUGGUUCUUGAAAAUGGAAUCCCGGGGGCAAAUUUGGAAACGAAUUUGGGAGAUACCUCCAAACAUCUCGAGUUCUUCGUCGAUUGGAGCGGGCGUGAUCUGGUGCCGGUUGAACUGGUGGAUUUUACUGUGGAGGAAGACGAAGAUAGGCGGAGACUCGAAGAAGAAAAUGAAACAGAUGAUCUCAAAGAACAUAAAUUUGCAGUGUCUGAGUCCAUGGAGAUUGAUGAGGAUGAAAGUUCUCUGGGUUUUCACUCGAAUUCGGACUGCUUCACAGAAAGAAAGUGCUAUGAAUCAACAGAAAACAUUGUUGAAGUUCGAAUCUCCGAUUCUCAAGAACACCAAGAAAUAGAAUCAGAUACUACAGUUGCAGUUUCUGAAGAAAAUUCACAAAUGCAGGUGAACGAAACUGAAGCUGAAGUCUCAAUCGGGACUGAGAUCCCCGAUUUGGAUAUUGUAGAUGAAAACCCUACCAUUAGUUCUACAAGCUGUCUAGUUGUUCAUGAAUAUCAUUGUUGUAAAGAAGACCAACAUCAAACAUUGGAAUCAGUAGAUGGGAGCGGCGUGAUGAUUGAAGUUGAUGGUUCUGGUGCAACCGAAGUCAUUGAACGAUUAAAAUCAGCUUUGGAAUCUGAGCGAAAUUCACUCCAAGCUCUAUACAUGGAGCUGGAAGAAGAGAGGAGUGCUUCGGCCAUUGCAGCGAACCAAACAAUGGCUAUGAUCAACCGUCUCCAAGAAGAGAAAGCAAAGGUCCAAAUGGAGGCACUUCAGUACCAAAGGAUGAUGGACGAACAGGCAGAGUAUGACCAAGAAGCUCUGCAACUCUUAAACGAACUCAUGGUUAAACGCGAGAAAGAAAGACAGGAAGUGGAGAAAGAAUUGGAGGUUUAUAAGAAAAGGGUGUUCGAAUACGAGGCUAGAGAGAGGAGGAGAAGCGCAUUCUCUUCUGUUUCUUGUAGCAAUAGUGACGAGAGCGAUGGGUUAUCCGUUGUUGAACUUAACCAUCAUCAUAAUCAUCAUCAUGAUCAUCAUCAUCAAGAUGAGAAAGAGGAAGAGGGACUGUUCUAUAACACACCCAUUGAUGAAGUUUUAAACUUGGAUUACGAGGACGAGCGAGUGGCAAUUCUUGAACAGCUCAAGGCCUUGGAGGAGAAGCUAAUGAACAUGGAGUUUGAAGAGGUUGACGAAGAAAAGGAGAGACCGAAAAUCUUGAUCAGUUCAAUGGGGAAGAGUCUGCUCCCACUCUUUGAUGCCAUUAGUGUCGAAAACGGAGAUUAUGAUGAUACUUAUGAUUCAAAUAAUAAUAAUAAUAGUAAUCAUAGUAACAAGCGGUUUGCUGUUGAAGAGGAAUUGGAUUGUCUUCAUGAGAGGCUAUUAGCCUUAGAGGCAGACAGGGAGUUUCUGAAGCACUGUUUGAGCUCGUUGAAGAGUGGCGGGAAGGGGAUGGAUCUUCUGCAAGAGAUUCUCCAACACCUUCGCGCUCUAAGAAAUGCAGACCUUCGUGCCCGAAACGGAUGCCUUGUUUGAUUGAAUCAACACUUCAAAGAAAGAUUAUAUUGGCUACAUAGAACUGUGGGGGAAGUCCAGUGAGAAUUGGCAACAUCACAUGAAAAUCUUGCAUUAGAAAGGACAUGAAUGUGGGGGGCUCCAAGAUGUGAAAAGUCAUUUUAGUCCUCUUGGGAGACAACAAAUUAUGGUCUGCCAAAACUUUUGUUUUCUCAUGCUUUUGUUGUCACAAAAAAAAAUGUUUUUUAAACCCCAAUUAUUAUUGUUUGGUUGGGGUUGGGUCCAUAACCACACCUCCUUUUGUGGGAUAAAAGGGAAUGGUGAAUGAUUUGUGUGUGUUGUAGUGAAGUGUGUGAACCACUCACUAUUGUCUCUUUUCUAUUGCAUUACACAGUCCACUUGUUUAUUGUACACAAAAUUAGGUCAUAGAAAAAUAUAGUCCAUUUUCUUUUUAAUUCAAUUUUAUGAAUUUUGUGGGAGGGCGAGGAUAAAAUUGGAAUUUUCCUCUUCCUCCCCUUAUUUUCAUGUGUCACAUUUUGUGUUGUAGAAAAAUGUUACGUGUUCCUGAAAAAAGAAAGCACGAAGAGGAGAGUCUGAAUGUCCUGACUCUCUCUUUUUGGCAUUCUUUGUUUGGGCACGACGUUUCAAGAUUUGUAUACUGAUAAUAGAGUACAAGUUUGAAACUUUGGGUACAUGUUGAGGGGUUGUUUUGUUGAUAU